CGGGAACCCACAACGUGACGCGGGCAGCGAGAUCCGUGGCGGCUCUGUCCAGGUGCUUCCUUCUCCCACCGGACGGAGGCGCGCUCGGCCCUGGCCUCAUUCUCCCACGGAAGUGUGUUUAGGCGCACCGGAAGCCACCUCAGGGGGUGAACCAUGGCGGGUUUGCCUGUUAGAGACCCUGCGGUGGAUCGUUCUCUGCGUUCUGUAUUCGUGGGAAACAUUCCUUAUGAAGCUACUGAAGAACAACUGAAGGACAUCUUCUCUGAGGUUGGGCCUGUUGUUAGUUUCAGAUUGGUAUAUGAUAGGGAGACAGGAAAACCAAAGGGCUAUGGCUUCUGUGAAUACCAAGACCAAGAAACAGCGCUUAGUGCCAUGCGGAACUUGAAUGGGCGUGAGUUCAGUGGGCGAGCACUUCGAGUGGAUAACGCUGCCAGUGAAAAGAACAAAGAAGAACUGAAAAGCCUUGGAACUGGUGCACCCGUCAUUGAGUCACCUUAUGGAGAGACCAUCAGUCCUGAGGAUGCCCCUGAAUCUAUUAGCAAAGCAGUUGCCAGUCUUCCACCAGAACAGAUGUUUGAGCUGAUGAAGCAAAUGAAGCUCUGUGUCCAGAAUAGUCCCCAGGAAGCACGAAACAUGUUGCUUCAGAAUCCACAACUGGCUUAUGCUUUGCUACAAGCACAGGUAGUGAUGAGAAUUGUGGAUCCUGAGAUUGCCCUGAAAAUUCUCCAUCGCCAGACAAAUAUCCCAACGCUGAUUUCAGGCAACCCUCAGCCAGUCCAUGUUCCUGGGCCUGGCUCAGGACCCAAUGUCACAAUGAACCAACAGAAUCCUCAGGCCCCUCAGGCUCAAUCUUUGGGUGGAAUGCAUGUCAAUGGUGCACCUCUGAUGCAAGCUUCUAUGCCAGGUGGAGUUCCGGCCCCAGUGCAAAUGACAGCAGCUGUAGCAGGACCUGGCCCUGGUUCCUUAGCACCUGCAGGAGUCAUGCAAGCCCAAGUUGGAAUGCAAGGAGGUGGACCAGUGCCUAUGGAACGAGGACAAGGAACCCUACAGCACUCGCCCGUGGGACCCGCCGGGCCUGCAUCAAUUGAGCGAGUUCAAGUGCCGAUGCAAGACCCCAGAGCAGCUAUGCAGCGGGGAGCCUUGCCUGCCAAUGUCCCAACUCCUCGCGGACUGUUAGGAGAUGCCCCCAAUGACCCUCGGGGAGGCACUUUAAUGACUGUAACAGGAGAGGUAGAGCCUAGAGCUUACUUGGGGCCACCACCACCACCUCAUCAGGGCCCACCCAUGCACCAUGUUCCUGGCCAUGAAGGCCGUGGACCACCCCCACAUGACAUGAGGGGAGGUCCAUUAGCUGAGCCAAGACCUUUAAUGGCAGAGCCAAGAGGACCCAUGCUAGAUCAGAGGGGUCCACCCAUGGAUGCUAGAGGUGGAAGAGAUCCCCGAGGAUUAGAUGCACGAGGGAUGGAGGCCAGAGCCAUGGAGGCCAGAGGAUUGGAUGCCAGAGGACUGGAGGCCCGUGCCAUGGAAGCUCGUGCCAUGGAGGCCCGUGCCAUGGAAGCUCGUGCCAUGGAGGCCCGUGCCAUGGAAGCUCGUGCCAUGGAGGCCAGAGGCAUGGAUACUAGAGGCCCAGUACCUGGACCUAGAGGACCUCUGCCUAGUGGAAUCCAAGGUCCCAAUCCAAUGAACAUGGGGGCUGUUGUUCCCCAGGGAUCAAGACAGGUCCCAGUCAUGCAGGGAGCAGGUAUGCAAGGAGCAACCAUGCAAGGUGCAAGCCAGCCUGGUGGAUUUAGUCCUGGACAGAGCCAGGUCACACCCCAGGAUCAUGAGAAGGCUGCUUUGAUUAUGCAGGUUCUUCAACUCACUGCAGACCAGAUUGCCAUGCUGCCUCCUGAGCAAAGACAGAGUAUCCUAAUCUUAAAGGAACAGAUACAGAAAUCCACUGGGGCACCUUGAAAGGUUCUCAGAAAUACCUGGCAACAAAUAUGGAAAUACAAUUCCAUGACAUUGUUGAAUUGUUGAAAACAUGGUGACUUCUGCAUCCUAACCUCCCCCUCCCCCCAUGACUCAAAUUGGUGCCAGGUGGAGGACUCACAUCACCAUUUCUCCAAAUGAGAGCAGUUCAUUCUGUUGUCUUAGUUUGUAUAUUUUCUGUGGUAUUAAAUAAACUUUGAACACAUUUUUAA